AUGGAGAAAUAUCUUCGUGAGUGGCGCCAAGAAGCCCUCAACCGCUGCCAGUACGACACAGCCAUCUUCGUCGCAGACAAACUGCUGGCCUUGACAGAUGACGACCAAGAUGCCUUCUGGCUAGCCCAGGUACACUUCACCACCGGCAACUACAACAGGACGCAAUCACUCCUGGCACGCGGGAACCUCGUCGAACGCACACCACAAUGUCGAUACCUCGCCGCGCAUUGCUCCCUAAAGCUGGGCAAAUUGGACGAGGCUCUGAACAUACUGGGCGACAAGAACCCGACUCAUCUCAUCUCAGCGCCAGGCAACACGCGUACCAAACUGCGGCAUGUCGAUGUCAACACACGGGCAGGCGCAAGACAGAACAAGAACGGCUCGCGCAACGAGCGCUUACCCACCAGCGAGGAGCGUGACCGGGAGGAUGUUAACAACAUCAAGUCGGAAGCAGGCAUGUGCUAUCUGAGAGGCGUAUGCUAUGCAAAGCAGAAUUCCUUCGAUCGGGCCAAGGAGUGCUACAAGACAGCGGUGCAGAUUGACGUGCAAUGCUUCGAGGCCUUCGAUGCGCUCAUGUCCAACUCACUCAUGGCGCCCGAGGAGGAGUGGAAGUUCUUGGAGUCGCUCAACUUCGACACCAUCAACGUCACCAACAACCCUUCGCUAUCGCAAGAGGCGGCUUCCUUCACCAAGACACUCUACACCACACGAUUGUCCAAGUACACCAGACCAGACGAGUUUGCCAACGCGACCGAGACACUCACAACCCACUACAAUCUUGGCGAGAAUCCAGAUAUCGUCCUCUCCAAAGCCGACCUCAUGUUCACCCUCUGCCGCUUCCGUGAUACCCUUGCCCUUACAUCAGCCGUCCUCGCCAACGACAAGUACAAUUUCAACAUCAUGCCUAUACACAUAGCGUCCUUGCAUGAGCUCGGAGAAAAAAACACCCUGUUCCUGCUUGCGCACGAACUCGCGGACACAAACCCCUCAGAACCAUGCGCUUGGUUCGCUGUCGGUACCUACUAUCUCGCCAUCGGUCGCAUAGCUGAAGCACGCCGCUACUUCUCCAAGUCCUCAAUGAUGGAUCCACACUUUGGCCCUGCCUGGAUAGGUUUCGCGCAUACUUUUGCCGCAGAAGGAGAGCAUGAUCAAGCCAUCUCUGCCUACUCUACCGCCGCACGCCUCUUUCAGGGCUCGCACCUCCCACAGCUUUUCCUCGGUAUGCAGAACCUUCAGUUGAACAAUCUCAGCCUGUCACGAGAAUACUUGAAGACGUCAUAUGAUCUGUGCGAGAACGAUCCGUGUCUUCUUAACGAGAUGGGCGUUGUCUAUUUCCACGAAGGACAGCUGCUAGACGCUAUACAAUUCUUCCGCCGUGCACUGGCCUUCUCGGAACAAAAUGAAGCAGAUCCGGAUGCUUGGAUUCCCACACGGAUAAACCUUGCCCACGCACUUCGAAAAUGUGAUCAGUUUAACGAAGCACUUGCGACAUUUGACGAGGUUCUUCGCCACGGCAACAAGGACCCUAGCGUCUUCACCGCGAAAGCACUAGUGCUCCUGAACCUUCAUCGAAAUUGGGAUGCCAUCGUUACCUUGCACGAAGCCCUCGCCGUCUCGCCCCAGGACCCUAUGGCUACCUAUCUCCUCAAUCGCGCGCUGGAGAUGAACGAGUCAGAAAGUGGGCUCCUCGAAUCUGGACGGGCUGACAUGACCGAGGGUGCGGACGAAGACGAAGAGAUUGAAGAGUUAGAACGAAGAAUGAAUGGCAAGCUGCGUGAGAUUGAACAGAAUCGCAGUGCGGGCAGGCGAGGUCGUAGGAGACGGCAUGCACAAGGCGUAGCAGACGAAGACCUCAGCGCUUUUGGGGAGAGUAUGGUGGUCGACUCGGAUGAAGGCUAG